UGGAGACAAGCUAGUGUACUGGUGGGUAUGAGAUACCCUCAUUUACAACUAUUUGAACAAAAAUUUACAAGUAUUUGAACCAAAAUUACAACAUUGAGAACAAAAGUUACCAUAUUCAUUUACACUAUUUACAUAUAGUUAAACAAAAAUUACAACAUUGACAACGAAUUUGUUCAAAAGCUUGUAAAAAUGUCGUAAGAGGUGUAAUUACCAUUAUUAUAACUAAGAUUACAACAUUGACAACAAAUUUGUUCAAAAACUUGUAAAAUGUCGUAAGAGGUGUAAUUACCAUUAUUAGAACUAAAAUUACACAAAGUAUGACUCAAAUUACAACUUUGACAACAAAAUUUGUUCUCACUUUUGUAAAUGUGGGUAUGAGAUACCCACCACUACACUAGAAUUUCCCUUAAAAAUGAUCCAAGGGUGUAAACGCUGCAACAUCAAAAUCAGAAUUUUGACAACGUGAUUUUAUUUUGAACACCUUAUUAAAGGAACCUCUACCGCAUUCGCCCCCAUGGUUAAAAAAGAAGCAUCUCAUGGUUGAAAAAAGUCAAGUCACGUACAUAAGCUUCAUAUUUGGUAAUUGAAUUUGGAGAAAGUUUAUAAAGUUUAUGAUCAUAAGGCACCAAACGCAAAAUCUCAACUAGAUUCAUAUAAUGGAUUAACAUGUUUUCUGGAAAAAAAAAAAAAAAAUUAGCAUGUUUUCUGGCUUGAGCAAGUUAAGUUUUUUUUUUUUUUUCCCUCAGUGACUUUGGCUUAAAAAUCAUGUGCUAUAACGAUGAGACAUGAGCACGGCCAACAUUUUCUAAAACAAGUCUUUUUCGGUGAGGAGACAACCCAGAGUUUGGUUUGACAUUGUCAUGGCUAAGCUGCCUUUGAAGACAAUGAAUUGCAGAUUUGGUUUCAAGUUUCAACCCACAUAAUAAGAGAUCUUUUUUUUCAGAAAAGUUAUGUUGGACAAUAACUGUGUGCUAUAACCCACAUACUUUCGGUGUGAAAUCUCACUUUCCACAUGCGGCCGAAUCGUCUAAUAAUUAAGACCGUGACAACCCAAUUCCAUCGGAUGUAUAUUUUAAAAUUUAAUUCUGAGACUUUUUUCUGAUUAGCAACGAUGCAAAUAGGGAACGGAAAGCACUUAGGUAAUAAUGGUGCAAAUAAGGAAGAAGGCUCUUAGGUAGGAUCAAAAUCUCAUGUGCAAAUCUUCACAUUAAUGACAAGCCUAUAUAAGAAGCACACAGUACCUCAGGUUUUUUGCAUCCUAAAUCAAAACCAAUAUCAACUUACCAUUCCAUUGACUCCUCUGUUCCAAUUCCAAAAAAGUGCUAGUAUGGAGAAGAAAAUGAUGACUUUCGCUGGGUUGGUGAUUAUGGUCGUCGUCCUCAAUGCAUGUCCUGCAAUUGGAGGGUGCGACGAAGCCUUAGUCGAGUUGUUGCCCUGUGCCACGUUCGUGUUGGGCCCUGGCAUAGGGGAGCCCCCUUCUCCGUGCUGUGCAGGUUUAAAGCAUGUGGUUGCUGGAGCUGAUACCAGUGAGAAGCGCAGGAGUCUUUGCCAAUGUUUGAAAGACAAAGCUGUUGGUGCUGGCGUUAAAGUCGACCCUGAAAAACUUAAGCACGUUACUGACGCUUGUGGCGUCAAAAUUCCUAUUCCUAUUGAUCCCAAUGUCGACUGCAGCACAAUUCCGGUGUUUUAAAGGGAUCAAAUAAAACUUGGAGAAGAAGAUUAGCUACAUGAUAAUGUUUUAUGAUGCAUAAUUAAUUAGUAUUCAUCUAAGAACAAGAAUUUAUAUGAAUAAUAGGCAUCAUUUC